CGGCAGUAGCGUGCUGAUCGCUGUAAAGCAUGGUUGUAUAUCAACACCGCUGAUUACCGAACAAGACCGCAUAUAGCAUCACCAUUAGAGUUGUUAUAUAACAUCCGGCACGUGCUCUGUUAUCAGAAUCACAUUAUAACAUAUAAGGCCCAACCUACGUCAGAUCCGUCACAUGAUCACAACCCGUUUCGGUCAGAAAGCGCGAGUCUAUUUGUGAGGACAGCACAGCGUCCACCCCGCUGGCACACACACUGGGCGGACAUUGGUGAGACAUGUCCCGUGACUGCGGACGGGGUCUAUCGGAGGCGUGAGAGCGCAGAGCGGCUCCACAGCUCAGCCGGACGGUACAUUUAACGCGCGUCUGUUGCGGGUAUGGACGGCCCUGCUGCUCCAGCAACUACAGACACUGAGGGGGGGGUCGGAGUCCUGACAGCCGCUCAACCGGCUCCUUCUGUUCACGGCUCCGGCUGCCGCUCUGGCCUGAAGAAGCGCAUCCGAGGCUGUAUCCCGUUAGACUACCGGAAUGAGAUAGUCCAACUCCUCAAACUAGCGGGACCGGUGGUCAUUUCCCAGUUGAUGGUCUUCAUGAUCGGUGUCGUCAGCAUGGUGUUCUGUGGUCACCUGGGGAAAACAGAACUUGCAGGAGUAUCUUUAGCAGCUGCGUUGCAGGUGGUUAAUGUCACUGGUAUUUCCAUUGGCACUGGUUUGUCAUCAACGUGUGAUACCCUCAUAUCUCAGACGUAUGGGAGCGGUAACUUGAAGCGUGUUGGUGUGAUUCUCCAGAGGGGGAUUCUGAUUCUGCUGCUGGCCUGUUUCCCCUGCUGGGCCAUCCUCAUCAACACUGAACCCCUCCUGCUCGCUGUGAAACAGAGCCCAGAGGUGGCCAGUCUCUCCCAGCUGUAUGUGAAGAUCUUCAUGCCUGCUCUGCCGGCAGCUUUUAUGUACCAGUUGCAAGGGAAGUAUCUUCAAAAUCAGGGAAUUAUGUGGCCUCAGGUCUUAACUGGAGGCAUUGGAAAUGUCUUCAAUGCACUCAUCAACUACAUCCUCCUUUAUCCUCUGGAGUUGGGGGUCGCUGGAUCAGCUGUAGCCAAUGUGAUCUCACAGUAUUUGCUGGCUUUGUUCCUAUAUGUUUACAUCUGCUGGAAGGGUCUGCACAAGGCCACAUGGGGAGGUUGGUCACUCGACUGUCUGCAGGAGUGGGGUCCCUUUGUCAAACUGGCCAUUCCCAGCAUGCUCAUGAUUUGUCUGUCAUGGUGGAUAUUUGAAAUAGGAGGAUUCCUGGCUGGAUUGAUAAGUGAGGUUGAGCUGGGAGCUCAGUCCAUAGCAUACCAGCUGUGCAUUGUAGCAUAUAUGUUCCCACUAGGAUUCUCUGUUGCUGCCAGUGUCCGGGUCGGGAAUGCUCUUGGUGCAGGAAACACAGAGCAGGCCAAGCUAUCUUGCAAAGUCCCCAUUGUGUGUGCAUUCAUUGUUGCAUGUGUUGUUGGAGCUAGUCUCGGCAUCGCCAGAGGAGUUAUUGGAUACAUUUUCACCUCAGAGCAAGACAUUAUUCAGAGAGUUGCUGAUGUCAUGCUCAUAUUUGGUUUCAUGCAUGUUGGUGAUGCCACUGCGGGCGUGGCUGCAGGUGUUCUCAGAGGAGCAGGAAAACAGUUGAUUGGUGCUCUGUGUAACCUGGUCGGAUUUUACUUCAUUGGCUUCCCCAUUGGUGUGUCCCUGAUGUUUGCAGCCAACAUGGGGAUUGUAGGACUGUGGAUGGGACUUACCAUUUGUGUGUCAUUGCAGGCGAUUGUUUUUAUCACAAUUUUGUGCAAACUUGAUUGGAAAAAGACUGCUAAAGAGGCCCUUGUGAGAGCAGGAGUCCAAAUCACAAAAGAAAAAGAAAUGGUUGAGCUGGAACACACUGACUCGAAUCGGAGCCGGAGCCAGGGCCAGGUCAGUACUACUCUUUCCAGCUCUGUGAAUGCUGAGGAGGAUGACGCAGACCUGCGAGUGCAUGAUUCAGGCCACAGUCCACUACAGUCCACUACCACUACAGUGGGAGAUGUUCUGUCAGUAAAGCAGCUGCUUUUACGGCGUGGCCUGACGUUACUUAUCAUGAUCUGCAUCCUCGUUGCUGGAACUGUAACCAGCAACUUGCUGGUUAAACUGCUGAAAUGACUCAUCCUAAUGGCUCGGAAAUAUUGUUAACACUGAAUGUCAAAGGGCUGCAAAGGACUGAGUGUCAAAGAGAUUCACCUUCCCAGUCUGUGCAGCUUCCAGUCACUCUCAGCCUUAUGUAUUGGCUUGCUGGUCUGUCUAACUCUGGCUCUCAGUGACCCCCUCACAUUCGCACUUUUCUGCUACAAUGCAAAUGAUGGGAAGCCACAGUAGGUGACUUGUGACAAGUCAAAAAGCCAAAGAGAACUAUAUUUUUUUUUAAGCUAGCAGACCAAACCAGGGACAAAAUGCAUGCAAAUUGUGGACUUGCAGCAUGGUAUGCACAUGUUGCUCUGAAUGCUUGAGUUACAUCCGUCUUUUUUUUUUCUUUAUGUUAGCCAUACAAACUGUUCUGCUUAAAGCAGUUUUAUGUACAAUCUGUUAACUAUUGAUUGAUAUCACCCACAAUGCAAGUCGACCACUGACAAAGGGGUUGCCGAGAUUUGGGUGUGUUACAUGCUAGUUACACGGAAGCCUCGAUCUAGUAAGCCCACUUCUUCCUAAAACCACAGCAUUUUUUUAAUUUUCAAACUUGUAGUCUUCAGCCCCAACCGUCACUGCCUCGAUCACUUGAGGCAGUAUAUUAGAUUUCAUGCAGUUCCCUCAGGGGCCAUGAAAGGCUUUAUACAAUAAACCUUGUAGUUAAAAUCAGCACAAAUCUGAGUGAAUGGGUGGAGUUCCUCAGGGAGCAAUUACUGUUCCACUUAAGUCAACUAAAGUUUAGUAAAAAACAUUCUUUAUCAUAAUUAUGAUGACCCCAAAUGUACUUAUCUGUACUAAAAUAAUAGUCUUUGGUCCCAAAGAAGAAGGACUGAGUAUCAGUACUCAUCUGAAGUCUCUGUCACUAAAACCUAAAUCAGAAAUCUUGUUGCAGUUAUGACCUAAGACUUACAUUUUAAAAGCUACCACAAGACAUACUGGGCAGCUGAUUGAUUUAAGAUUUAAAUACAAAUGUGUAAAGGCUGCAUUUAGUUUUGCUGCAUAUAUCAGAAACAUCUUAUAAUUAGUAAGAAUGAUAUAAUAUUUUUGUAUAAAUCAAAGUGAAAAAUAUGUUUUGGUGUUGCUUUUGUUUUUAUAUCGUAUCUGAAGAUCUCACAACUAUUUGUUUUUUGUAAGUUUAUAUAAUGUCAUUUAAACAGUUAAAUUGGAUGUGUAAUGUAAAGCUUGUCAAAGUCAAUGUUCCUUUGAGUUAUGUGUUACUCUGAGUAUGAGCAAGGCAUUUCAGCCUCAACACUUUAAACUGAGCUUUUCUGCCAAAACAUCAUAAACGUGUUUCUUAAAGAAGGCUAAUUGGGAAAAGCCUGAUUUGUAAAAUCAGCUAAAGUGUAAAUCCUUUCACCAUAAUAAAGAAAACAGAGAUGUGAAGAGAACACAGCAUAAUUGCCAAAGAAUAAACAUAAUAAAAGUAUAAUGCAAUGGAUGAAAUAUUGUACAAAACCACUAUAUUAAACUAAACCAAAAAAUUUGA